CUAGUGAUUACUUUGUAAGAGGUGUAUAAUACAUAAUAUUAUUAUUAUUUUAACCUAUAACGAGAUUCGUUGAAAAUAACAAAAAAAAUACAUUCUCCCAUCUUGAAUUACUGGUUUUCGGGAGACAAUCCGAAAAGAUGCGUUGGUACCAUCGUAGAUAUUAUAUAUACAGUAAAACACGACAAUCGUCAGAGUACAGUGCACAGUUAUCGUCGUCCAGCAGCAGUUGUAGUUGGUAAACUGCAAGUGACUCUCGACCGGCGAAAGAAUACGGUGACAGCCAAGUACACGAUGGCUACCACUAUGUUUCAAGCAGUCGUCCUAGGACUUUUUGUUGCAUCCGGUGCAUUCGCAGAUGUCGUACACCUUAAAAACGUUAAACAAUGCCAUAAAACGCACACCCAGAACACGAAGGAAUAUGGAAAUCUUGCAUCUGCAUCCGGCGAUCACUCAAAUGUGGCUUAUUCACAUUCACCCGCAUUCUCGUUCGGUGAAAAGUCUUUCGGUCUCUCAUCUACCCCAGCUCCAUUUUUAUACGGCACCCAACCAACACCUGCUCCGUUUGUGUUCAGAUCACUUCAGCAUUCCACCCCUGCACCAUUCACAUACAGGGGUUCGUCCUCCACCUCAGCUUCGUUCUCAUACGGUACUCAACCCACUCCAGCACCGUUCCAGUUCAGUUCACUUCGGUCUACUCCUGCACCGUUAAUAUACAGCGCACCAUCCUUUGCACCAGAGGAUUCGUUCAAGUCAAUUGCCGCACUCUAUUCCCAUUCCACUCCUGCCUCAUUCGGGAUCGAAUCCCAGUCCACUCCUGCUUCAUUCGGGAUCGAAUCCCAGUCCACUCCUGCACCAUUCGCGUUUAGCGAUUCUUCCUCUUCCCCAGUGGUUUCAAUCAAGUCCCACGGUACGGUUGGCUCCCAGCCCACAUCUGCCCCAUUUGAAUACAGCACUUCAUCCACCACACCUUCCCCGUUUGAAUAUAGCACAUCAUCCACAACACCGGAAAACUCAUUCAAAAACAUAGCCGCGUCCUACGCCCAGUCCACUCUUGCCCCAUUCGCGAUCGAAUCCCAGUCUACAGCCGUACCGUUCGCGGUUAGUGGUUUAUCUUCUGGGCCAGCUGCAGCGGUUUCAGUCAAAUCCUUCAACACAUUUGGAUCCAAUUCCAUACCUGCCCCAUACUCGCAGGGAAGCGCCUUCACCCAGUACGGAGGUCACUCUGCACCGUCUCCAGCCCAUGAGAUUACCAUCAAUCGAGAAAUACCAGUACCAUACUACGUUCAAAUCGAGAAGCGUAUUCCAUACCCAGUGCUGGUGCACGUCCCGCACCCAUACCAGGUGACUGUUGAGAAGCACGUUCCAUACGCGGUCCGCGUACAUGCCGACCGCGCUGUGCCCGUUCCGAGCCCAUAUCCCGUGGAGGUAGAGAAACGUGUCCCGUAUCCAGUUGAAAAGCCAGUGCCGUACGAAGUUCGCGUGCCCGUCGAUCGACCAUAUCCAGUGAGUGUACCAUAUGAGAAACCAGUGCCAUACGCAGUCGAAAAACCGGUACCUUAUCCAGUGCGCGUCAACGUUGACCGUCCGUAUCCAGUCGAAAAACCUGUGCCAUAUCCUGUUGCCGUCGAACGCCCGGUGCCAUAUGCUGUCGAGAAGCCUGUGCCGUAUCCGGUCGAAAAGCCAGUGCCAUACCCUGUUGAGAAGCGGAUCCCGUACCCAGUUAAAUACGAGGUCCCAGUCAAGGUGCCGGUCCCCGUUCAGGUCAAAGUGCCCGUGAACGUCGACAGGCCAGUUCCGUAUCCGGUUGAAAAGCGGGUCCCAUAUCCUGUCGCCGUACCAUACGAGGUCAAGGUUCCUGUACCUGUCCGAUCACCAGCUCAACGUUUCGCUACCGUCCACUACUAUCAACAGUCGCCAAUCGUCGUACAGCAAGAAUCGUAUAAGUCAUACACCUCCGGAUCGACCGCAGCUCCAGUCACCGACAAUCACCUAGUUCAAUCUUCGUUCGUGUCUGGAUCUGGACAGGCUGGAUCCGAUUACGCUGGCUCUGAUUACACAAAAUCUAACUACGCUGAAUCGGGCUUAGUUCAGGAUAGUGGCUCAUAUGGUUUCGGCCAACAGUCAUUCUAUGGGUCCACAACUCCCGUUCCAUCUUCGACAGCUGGAUACACAGCUUCGUCGUCUUCACCUCAGUACGAAUCGUCCGGCUUUGAUUCAGUAGCCCAACAAGUUGGUUCCAUUACUGGGUCCGUGCAGACUGGAUCUGAUUAUGCUGGAUCUGACUUCACAAAAUCUACCUACGCUGGAUCGGGACAAGCCCAGGAGAGUGGCUCAUACAGUUUCGGCCAACAGCAAUUAUACGGGUCCACAACUCCCGUUCCCUCUUCGACAGCUGGAUACACAGAAUUGUCGUCUUCUCCUCAGUACGAAUCGUUUGACUUUGAUUCACUAGCUCAACAAGUUGGUUACAGUGCUGGGUCCGUGCAGGCUGGAUCUGACUUCACAAAAUCUAACUACGCUGGAUCGGGACAAACCCAGGAGAGUGGCUCAUAUGGUUUCGGCCAACAGUCAUUCUAUGGAUCCAAAACUCCCGUUCUGUCGUCAUUACCUCAAUUGGAAUCGUCCAACAUUGAUUCAUCAAACCAACAAGUUGUUUCCAUUGGAGGGUCCAGGAAAACUGAAUCUGAUAACACUAGAUCUGACUACACAAGAUCUAACUAUGCCGGAUCGGAACAAGCCCAGGAGAAUGGCUCGUACAGUUUCGACCAACAGUCGUAUUACGGAUCCAAAACUCCCGUUUCGUCUUCGAAAUCUGGAUAUACAAAAUCAUCGUCUUCACCUCAGUAUGAAUCAUCCAACUUUGAUUCAGUAAAUCAACAAGUUGAUUCCGUUGGUGGAUCGGCCACCGCUGAUUCCCAGCAGGCCGAAAAUCUUGAAGUUGGCAAAAAAUAGAUCUUAAAAUUGUUUUCAUCACGUUAAGGUCAUAUUAUUUUACUUUUCAUAAAAGCUAUACUAUAAUUAAUAUUUUAUUAUUAAAUUUUAAUAAAACACGUUACCUGUAUAAUAAUUAUUAUACAUAUAAUUAUGUAGUAGUUAUUUAUUUGGUAAUAAUAUGCACCUGCCUAAAAAAAAAUAGCACAAUAAAUACUCCACCCUACGUAUAUUUAUGAAAACAAAUUUUUAAGGUGUUUGUUUUCUGGCGGGCUGCUGUAUGUGUUUACUGGUGUGAACAUAAAUGCAAACGGAAGUGUAUUUACAGUGCCAAUUACUUUUAGAACAGCAUAUGUGUUUGUUUAAAAAAAAAAUGGGUAUUUCCGUGACAAAAAAAAAAAUAAUAUCCGUUAACCACAUUUCAAGGGGAGACAAAAUUGUUUUCCUAUUCACGGUUCAAUUAUAAAAAUACAAAAAAGUAUGGUGCCAAUUUUUUAGGGAUUCAGAAUUACUGUUCAAAACCCACAAAUAUUUUUAGUUGUCAUUCAUCGAUCAAAUUAAAUGAUUUUUAUUAUUCCCCUGUUAAAUCUAACAAAAAAUCAAGAUUAUUAUUUUAAAUUUCUAUACAUAAUUUGUAAUGAAAGUAUGUGAUUUCAUUGUCGUUAUUUCAGAAAAAAAUUAUUGAUAAAAAUGUUAUAGCCACAACUCACAACUCGCCGAUGAUAUAAAAUAUUAUUUUAUUCAAUCUGUGAUACGGCUAACAAGGCAGCACAAUUUUAUAUUGAAUUAAAUGUCUGACAAAAUAAUAAAACUGCAUCAUUUAGACAAUUAUAGGUACCUAACUACCAAACACAUUCUUUCUUUCUUUUUUAAUGCACUUUAUUUCUAUAAAGUUCCUAAAUUAAACAAUUAUUUUAUGACGAAUAAACCCGAAAAUUUGGUAUGUACAUUAGCAAAUGUUGAAUGUUUUUAAGCCCUUAAGGAAUUUAUAUAGGUACCCAUCCAAGUGUUUUGUAUGUCAGUGACACCUUUUUUAAUGGAACAAUUCAAUUAUUCUUAAUUAUUCUUUAAAUAUAAUUCGUUACGAGAGUUAGUACAUUUACGUACCAUGGUUAUUGUACUUUGGUUUUAGAUUCUCAUGCAAAAAAAAAAAAUAAAAAUAAUAAUUCUGGCUUCAUCUGAUCAAAAAACCGAUCGAUAACAACGACCUCGGUUGGUGCUAUUAAUGCCAUGCGCGUUUAUCGUACAUGGCUUACAUAAAAUGUUUUACUGAACGAUUAAUCCUCCCUGUUCGGUGGUGUAGGUAUUUACGUAAAUAUUCAACGAUAAGUGCUGAUCAUUGCACAGCAUUGUGCUCAAGAAAAAAAAAUACCGUUAGACUUUUGACGUUUACAUGGUGCGUUGCAGUAGAAUCAGACCGAGUUUGUUAGGUAGACACUUCAACCCAUAGAGGGGAAUUCAGAAAUUACUAAAACGUAAUAUAAUUUUUGAAAAUACUCAUUAGGAUUAUAUUCAAAUUGCUCGCAGCAACUUAUAACCGAUAUACGCAUUCUGCAAUGGUUUAUCCAAGUAAGUACCUAUUUCCAUGGAGGUACUUCCCUAUAAUUUUACUUGGUAAUCGUUUACUAUUGUAGUUUACCUUCUUAAUGAUUUAGCACUAGCAGUACACGAUUAAUACAGUGAGAUACAUACAAGUGGAGUGGAAAUUAAAUUGUUAUACUUCCUACUUGGGUUUCGGAUUUGUUUUGAUAAUAUUAUACUAGAUUAGUCCCAAAUAUUUGAUGCUAACAUCGUGUGAUUUCGAUAUGAGUCAAAUAAUAUAUUUUAUAUUAUGAUUUUACGAUGAACAUAUUUCAGCGAUAUGUACGGCAAUAAAGAUAAAUAAUGUCAUGUUUUUUAAAUGUCUAAUAUUCAACGUUUAUAUUGUAGGUAAUAUUGUACUGCUCAAAAAAAAAAAAAAAUUAGAAAAAGACUUCAACAUUUAGUAAUAUUGUCUU